AUAUCUCCAUUUCUCUUUCUAAUCCUACACUCUUUUGGAUUCAUCAUUCUAAACCUUUACAGAUACACUGUUUGCUACCUUUUGUUCUGCUAUUCAAGAAACACUGCAUUUCUCCUCUGUUCUUUGGGAGCUGCUUUAAAAAAGAAAAAACAUGGAAACCUUGUGCCACAAUUCAUAUACACCGGAGUCGUGCUGGCCGAUAAACGGCACAACACGGUGGACGAAAGAAGAGAACAAGAGAUUCGAAAGCGCGCUAGCGAUGUUCGAUGAGAACACACCGAAUAGAUGGUGUAGGGUUGCGGAACUGAUACCUGGAAAAUCGGUAUACGAUGUAAUGAAUCAGUACGAUGAAUUGGUUUCGGAUGUAAGUGAUAUAGAGGCAGGUUUGGUCCCAAUUCCUGGAUACUUGGCUUCUUCUUUUACAUUGGAAUUAUCAGAUCAUCGCAGUUUUGAUAUGUAUAGGAAGAGAAGUGGUAUCAGGACUUGUGAUCAAGAACGAAAGAAAGGCGUACCGUGGACCGAAGACGAACACAGGCGUUUUCUAUUAGGACUUCAAAAGCACGGGAAAGGAGAUUGGAGGAGCAUAUCAAGAAACUUCGUAAUCUCGAAAACGCCGACACAAGUAGCAAGCCAUGCUCAAAAGUACUAUCUAAGGCAACAAAUUUCCGGGGGCAAAGACAAGAGGCGACCUAGCAUCCACGAUAUUACAACGGAUAAUAUCGCAGACGCUACUAAUGUUGUUGUUGUUUCUCCGUCCGAGACAAAGAAAACGCCUCCUCUUUCCGAGAAAUCGAACCACUCAUUACAUCCGUGUUGGACUGGAAUAAUAGUAGAUAAUUAGUAGCAUGAGAAUAUAUUAAUGAUAAUAUAGAAUAUAAUCACGACAUCAAUGAUGGACCGUUGAUGAUUUUCGGACCGACAUGUGGCGAUUCAUUCGUCUCGUGUACGCACGACGUGGGCCCACGCAGUCGUUACAUACGUAAUGUGGGACGUGGUUCUUCUAGUCCAGGUAUUCAUAUCCAGUCACCGAGAUUUCAUGGCUGAGGAAGCUAGUGUAACAUGUUUGUUUAAUUAAGGAUGUUUUAGUUAGGGCAAAAAGAAAUUGUGGAUUGAAAUUAAAUGUUUUGGUGGGAAAAGUGAGUACUAUAGAACUCCAUAUGUACUGAAUUUGUUCUUAUUAUUAUUUGAAUCUUAAUUAGUGUAUAUAUAUUAAGUCAAUGAAUUUUCAUGUGAUGAUC